UCUGCUCAAGUUAGAGUGUGUCUGACACUGAGGGGAGGGCUAGUGCUGUGCUAAAGUGAAUAUAUUACAAUAUCCUGAGAGUGAAGUUAGUAUCACACUGAGAGAGAGAGAGAGAGGGAGAGGGGAAAGAAGGAAAGAAAGAAAUAAGAAGAGAGAGAGAGAGAGAGAGAGAAUGUGUUGUGCUGGACUUGCUACUGAUGCUGUGGAGAGUGUGUAACAGAGGGUCCAGUCCAGUGUGAGGUUUCUUGACCAUCUUGUUGGCCGUGGCUGUGUGUAUGUGAGUUUGUGUUUCCAGAGCCAUUGGAAUCAUGAGCUCAAAGGGGACGAACCUGCACAACAAACGGCUGCCAUCGGAAACGGAGCACGCUCAGAGAGUUCCGGACAUGGAUGCGGCCCAACAGCUGAAGCUGAGAGAGAGACAGCGCUUCUUUGAGGAAGUCUUCCAACACGAUGUGGAUGUUUACCUCUCCUCAGCACAUCUGCAAAUAGAUUACAAGAGACCUCCCAUGGGCAGUAUCUCCUCCAUGGAGGUGAAUGUCGACAUGCUAGAGCAGAUGGAACUGAUGGACAUCUCAGAUCAGGAGGCUUUGGACGUGUUCCUGGGCACGAGUGGAGAGGACGACGCAAUCCCUUCUCCACUACCAGUUCUUGCCUGCAGUAAUGACAGUGAGGAUCCACUGAGAGAAGAAAUCUCCCUGAGAGUUCCAGACAGCUGCGAGAUCAAAUCGCGGAUGUCCUCCACCUCCUCAAACUCCACAUCUGACAGCCAAGCCACUAAUGAGGACGGAGCUGAAACCCCUGUCGUCCAAUCAGAUGAUGAUGAUGAGGAUGUUCAAGAUGAUGACCUUUUGAUAUCGGGAACUCCCUCAGCUGAAGGUGAAGGUGAAGCCCAGUCUGAGCUGACAAUAUAAAGAGACUCAUCAAUUUCUACUGAUCUCCUAACAUAAUGUCUCUCUAGUGAUAGACGUUUUCUGCUGGGUUGACCGGUUGUACCGAUCUACCAAAGACUUUAAUGGACUCUUGUAUGCACAUGAUUCUUCUUCUUAAAGAACUGUCCUUCACCUGAACUGCUGCUGUAGAUAAUAAUGCUCAUAGAGGUUUGCGUAUGGCAUGUUCCUUCUUUACGUCUUGGAUUUGUGUUGCUUCAUUAAUGACUACGUGUUGAUUAGAUGUCAAAUAGAGAAACGUAUGAUUUAACGCCUCAUUUAUGAUUAACGUUGCCAAUGUUUAAAGUGUACUAUUCUGCAGAUCAGUGCUGCUCAGGUAAGAGCAAGCUUAGAGCUCUGCGGUUUGGAGUGCUAGUCAUUAAGCAUAUGUGAUUGUCCACAGUCUAACUUUCUAUGUUGUAGUCUUUCUCACAGUCUUUUUUGUGUCUUGAAGAUGUCUUCCCUCUGAUCUCCGCAAUACCUUAUAUUUUGCUAUCAAAAUAAAGCCAAACUUGGGAUA